AUGGCACAUAUACUCACAGUUUUUUUCUUCAUUACUACAUUUCAAACUCUAUCAGUACUCCAUGGAGUUUACAGCCAUGGCAAUGCACAUAAAUGCAGAUCAUACUGUGGAAACUUAACAGUAGAUUACCCUUUCGCAAUUCAAUCCGGCUGCGGCCAUUCCGGUUACAGAGAUCUCCUUUUUUGCAUCAACGAUGUUUUAAUGCUUCACAUUAGCUCUGGAUCCUAUCGCGUAUUGGACAUUGAUUACGCUUACGAAUCCCUAACCUUAGACGAUCCUCACAUGUCAACUUGCUCGUCGAUAGUAUUCGGCCAUCGCGGCAACGGCUUCGUCGUUGAGCGGUGGCGAGAGCCGUAUUUAAACCCUACGGCGGAUAAUGUGUUUAUGCUGCUAGGUUGUACGGCGGAAUCGCCGCUGUUCCAAGGGUUUCCGGGGAAGCAUUUGCCGUGCCGGAAUGUUUCCGGGAUGGGCUGUGAGGAGUAUUAUGGGUGUCCGGGCUGGGAUAUUAUUGGGCCAAAAAAAGUGGGGGUAGUGUAUGGAUCAGGUCCACCUGAUUGUUGUGCAGUUUCGUUUGAAGCUAUUAAGGCUAUUAAUUUGACUAAACUUAGUUGUCAAGGGUAUAGUAGUGCUUAUAGUUUAGCUCCAUUGAGAGUGGAUGGACCUCAUGGAUGGUCUUAUGGGAUAAGAGUGAAGUAUUCAGUUGAAGGAGAUGACUCAUUUUGUAAAGCUUGUGAGGCAACAGGAGGAUCUUGUGGCUAUGAUGUUAAUGAUUUUAGCAGUUUGUGUAUGUGUGGAUCAUGGAAUUCUACUUCCAAUUGUGAUUCAGUCCACUCAGCUUCGCACAGAAGAACUUGGUCGUUAAUGGAUGCACUAACAGGACUUGUUGAAUGUAUUGCCAUCUGGAAGCUCUCCGCCACACUUGGACUGUAGGGAAAAAGUCGCUUUCUAGUGUUUGAUUGAUCCAAAGAAGA